CCGCAAACAUUGCUGUGUGUGCCUGGAAGGACUGUAGUGUCCGACAUAAAGUGUGAGGGGCUGACUGCAGAAAGCCACACGGGCCAUCCGGCUGUCCAUCUGUCGGACGAGCAAGAGGGGAGACCUGCCGCUUGUGGGAAAGAGCAAAAGAAGAGAAAAGAAAGCCAACGAGGAGGAAAUGGCUGGAGGCGCCAGAGGAAACCUUGUAGUCCGAAUCCAAAUAGGCGUUCUCUUUGCAGCUUUCUGCUCCCGAAGUCCAACUUCCAGUGCAGCUCAGAAGGUAGAGAAUCCCCUAGAAGGCAGCACAACGACGUUAAUCAAUCACUCUCAGGCCCUUGUGCAGCGACUCGAGGCCCUGCUGACCCAUGGAAAUGGCAGUGAUGUCUCCCUGCGGGUGCAGACGAUGCACUCUGACGAAGUCAAGGUGUUUCAGGCCCACACCCUGGUGCUGUCCCUCCAGAGCGAGAUCUUCGAAGAGCUUCUGCUGCACCGCAACGCAAGCACUCUGAUGCUGAGAGAGCCUGCCGACUGUGCCAGCGUCUUCGACAAGUUCAUCAGGUACCUCUACUGUGGCGAGAUCUCCAUCCUUCUCGAGCAGGCCAUUACUCUGCAUAAGCUGGCCAGUAAGUACCGUGUGCUCCCACUGCAGCAAGGCCUAAGCCAUUAUAUGAUGCAGCACCUGUCCAGCGACUCUCCGCAUGGCCACGUGGUCAGCUGGUACCACUAUGCCAAGCAGAUUGGCGACGUGGCCCUCAGGGACAGCUGUCUGCAGUACCUCUCCUGGAAUUUGUCUUCUGUCAUCCAGAGCGGAGAGUGGCCGGCCGUGAGUGACGAUCUGCUGCUCUCCUUGUUGCAGCGUUCCGACCUUGUCCUCCACAGUGAGCUGGAGCUCUUUGGCGCUGUGGAGAACUGGAUCGGGAAUAACCAGCCGAUGGGGACGACCAUCGAGAACGCCCUGAGAUCCCUGCGUUAUGCCAUGAUUCCUCCGCAGCACCUGUUCCGCCUGCAGAGACAGUCCCCCGUGCUCCUUAAAUACCACGAGGCCGUGCGAGAUCUGCUUUUCAUGAGUUUCCAGUUCCAUUCCGCCUCCCCGCUCCAGCUUGCCAAGUACUUUGAUGUCAACUGUAGCCUCUUCACUCCAAGGAACUACCUCUCCCCAGCCUGGGGCUCUCCAUGGUUUAUCAACAAUCCCACCAGGGAUGACCGCAGUACCAGCUUUCAAACUCAGCUAGGUCCCAGCGGCCAUGACUCCACCAAGAAGGUGACGUGGAAUGCCCUCUUCUCUCCGCGCUGGUUACCUGUGAGCAUACGCCCGGUCUACACGGAUCACGGCGCAGUGCAGACAAUCCGAGGAGAAGAUGGCCGCCCACGAAUCAUCGUCACUCCGGCUACCUCCAGCGUGGACUUUGCAGGGGUCAGUUUCCAAAAAACAGUGAUUGUGACCGCCCGGCAACAGGGCAAAGUGGUGGUCCGCAACGUCUACAACUUCCACCAGAGCACGGAAGAGAACGGAGACUUCCUGAUGCAGGCUGAUCUGCACCGCCGGGGCUCAGAAUAUCUAAUUGACAACUCCUUGCACCUCCACAUCAUCGUCAAGCCCACGUACCACUCUCUGAUCAAGACAAAGAAGUGACGCGGCCGCCGGCGGUGGCUUCCAGCACCGUGUGUGGUGUAGAGACGCCAGCAAUCUGUAGUGUUGUAUGUUUAUAGCCCAGCGUGAUCGCACAAGAUAAGACAUCCACGACUUAUGUUGGUAGAAAGACCCACCCUUCGUGUUUAUAUAUUUUUUUUGCGUUACGGUUUCACCAGUUGUGAUUCUCUCACUUGUCCCUGUGUCUGUGUAUCCAUCCUCGCCCUGCGUGACUGGCAAAUCGGACCAGUUUCUUCUAAAUCAACUUUUGUUCCCACCUUUAUAUUCUUGCUUUUAAACCUCUUCUGCACUUCAGACUCCUUCUGCAGCCCCGAUUGACAGGUGGCCCUGCCUCUCACGGGACCACCCACAAAACACAUGGAACAUAACACAGGCAUCUUACAUAAAAUUAAAAAUAAAGAUUAACGUGCACAAUCAACAAAGAUAACAUUAACACAAUCAACACAAAUCACAGGAUCAGAAACGCGUCUUUGAACCCCUGGCUGACACAUGACAAUACCAGGCAGAUCCAUGCGGAAUUCCAGACACGGCUAACCGCCCUUCUUCUUGUGUCAAUAGCCCGAAUUUCACUGAAAGCAAAAAUGUAAUUUGAUUUGAUAAUUCUUUAGUAAAGUGAAACAUCGAGUUCUGCUGCAAAUUUAAUUCCACCCGAGUCAUUGCAGAACAGCACUUAUCACAUCUUGAGUUGCCAGUAUAUUGGAUUUUCCUAUCCAGUAGUCUGCUGCACCUCCUUUGGCCUUCAGAAAAGCAUGAAUUUGUCUGGGCAGGAAUUCACCAAGAUCCUGGAUUGGUCGUGCCAAAGACACUGGAACCGAAAAGCAGUGGCACUAGCCACUGUGAUCCACCUUAAUAAAAGGAUGUGUCUGUCUGUGUGUCCAUACAGUUGAUAUGUCUCUGGUAUUCCAACAAAUGGUGCAUCACAAACAUUUGUAGUAAUAAAAUGCAACAUUGACACUGCUUUAAUGAGUCCCAUUCCAAAUGGCAUAUAACAGACACAUGCAUUGCAUUUGUCAUUCCAGUAGAUGGUGCAUCACACAUGUUUACACUGCUUUUACCAAUCCCAUUCCAAAUGGCAUAUAACUGAGACAUGUGCAUUGCAUUUCUCGUUCCAAUAGAUGGUGCAUCAGUAACAUUAACACUGUUUUAAUGAAUCCCAUUCCAAAUGGCAUAUAACUGAGACAUGUGCAUUGCAUUUGUCAUUCCAACAGAUGGUGCAUCACACAUGUUUACAUUGCUUUUACCAAUCCCAUUCCAAAUGGCAUAUAACAGAGACAUAUGCAUUGCAUUUGUCAUUCCAAUAGAUGGUGCAUCAGUAACAUUAACACUGCUUUAAUGAGUCCCAUUCCAAAUGGCAUAUAACUGAGACAUGUGCAUUGCAUUUGUCAUUCCAACAGAUGGUGCAUCACAAAUGUUUACACUGCUUUUAUGAAUCCCAUUCCAAAUGUCAUAUAACUGAGAUAUAUGUAUUGUAUUUGUCCAUCCAACAAAUGGUGCAUCACAAACAAUUACACUGCUUUAACAUAUCCCCUUCCAAAUGGCAUAUAACAAAGACAUAUGGAUUGCAUUUGCCAUUCCAACAGAUGGUACAUCACAAACAUUAACACUGCUCUUGUGAAUCCCAUUCCAAAUGGCAAAUAACAGAGAUAUAUGCAUUGUAUUUUUCAUUCCAACAGAUGGUGCAUCACAAACAAUUACACUGCUUUAAUGUAUCCCCUUCCAAAUGGCAUAUAACAAAGACAUAUGGAUUGCAUUUGCCAUUCCAACAGAUGGUACAUCACAAACAUUAACACUGCUCUUGUGAAUCCCAUUCCUAAUGGCAAAUAACAGAGAUAUAUGCAUUGUACCUUUCAUUCCAACAGAUGGUGCACCACACACUUGAAUACUCCUUUUUCGCAUCCCAUUCCAAAUGGCAUAUAACAGAGACAUAUGCAAUUGCUUGGUCCACUGCAUGCAUUUACAUCAAAGUCUAUUUUGAUUACAGUACUUAGAUUUCAACCCAUCUCAGAGGGGUAGCACAGCUUGUAUUCACAUAUAAAACACAUCAUAAUAUUUUUAAACCUUCUAGGUUGACCUCAUGGGUAUGGAGGAUCAGAACCUACUCCAGCAAAAAGGCAGAACCCAACCUUGGAUGAGGCACCAUUUAAUCAGAGAAGUCACGCCUGCACUCAUGUUAACACUGGUUUCAUCUGUCGACCUACCAUGGAUUUAUUUGGGAUGUGCUCCGAAUACUGGAGGAACAUAAUUUAACAUUCUCAAACCUUCUUAAUGAAGCUCAGGGGUGAUGGGCGCCUACAGUCUCUCCUGGUCGUGUUGAACACAAAAUGUGAACCAGGAUAAAGCAACCAUCCGUCUCAGGGCCCACUCAUCCACACAGGACUAUCUUAGAUCUUAUGAUGUGAGAGCGGAACUGCAGUAGCUGGAGGAAAACGUACACAGACCCUGGGAGAAUGUGAGAAUUUCAUGUGUUAACACAGCUAGUAACUGGGUGUUGGAUUAGAACCCGGGAUGCUUGAUCUCUGAAGCAGUAGCACACCAUCUAAUACUGCACACCACAUAUUAGAUCGCAAAGCCCUGGAAUAAUCAUAAUUAAAUUCUGGCAUAAACUCAAAUAUUCAUUUAAUGUUAAAGAUAAGCUAUUUUGCUACAGAGGACAAAACACAUGUUUGGGAGUACAUGGGAAUGGGAAUUGACUUAGGCCAAGAGGCCAUUCAGCGCUCUGUCACUCCACGAGAGUCCAGCACCACAGACCAACGCUCAUAAUGUUGGCAGACAUUGACAACGGCCUGCUAGCGGCUCUUUCGCUAAAGUUACUGCCAAUACCUCCAGCCCACUCUGAAGAGGGAAAUUAAAUCAAAGCUGCAGUGAUGCCGCAAAGCAAAGCGAGACACGGAGCGGAGAAAGAAGAAAAUGGGACUCGACAGCAAUGGAUCACAAUGACUGUCAUAAUUCUUAAAAGUAAUAUGCUGAGCUGCAGCGACGCAUUCAGAUUUGACGUGCUAACCAAAGUCUGUAGCCUCGAUUGUAAUGUGGCGGCGGAAGGUGCACUUCAUACUGACAUGUAGCUUUGGUGUCCUGUAAUGAAAUCACAUAAGUCCUACAGUUAUUUAAUUUAUUCUGUGAAUUAGAAGAAAGCCUGCUGUUAAGACACCCGAGUAUAAGCAUUAGUGCAUUCUGAAAGGUUAAAGGGGGGGCUUUUAUACGUCAAGGGGAUCUCGUUAAAAUCAGAUGUCCAAUAAGUGUU